UCCGUCACUGCGCUUGUUGCCAUGGUGAACGCCGGCAGGGCCGAGGGUCGCGCACAUUCUCCAAAUGUCCUUUUUAAAUAUUAAAAUACAUACGCGCGCGUCUGCUAAAAUGUACUACGGCGGGGGUUUACUUUUAGUUUUUAGAUACUAACCGUAAAUGCUGUUGUAAUAUUUUAUGGGUGCGGUCCGAAUCGCCGCGUAGCAUUUCCGCGGGUUACCGUAAUUUACCUCGCAGGCUAGCAGGCUAACCGGCGUGGCCGCUGCUGGGAGCCGCGGAGCGCGAGGGAGGAGGAGGUAGAGGUAGAGGAGAGGAGGAGGGAGGGGGAGAAGGAGGCGGCACCGACCAGAUUUUUCCCAGAAUCGUCCCAGGAGCUUCAUUGUUGGCGAAGAGAGGGAGGGAGGGAUAGAGAGAAGGCUAAACGAGGAGCGACGUCAUGGGAAUCGCCGAGAAAUAACAGAGCUGUAUCGCGGACUGGCCCUGGACGGCUCCGGUAUGCCUGCUAAAAGCAGCCGGGCAGCCUGACCGGUGCUCCACGGGGCCUGCUUCCCAUCCUGCGCGUUUCUAGUCCGGGCUAGCAACGCGGAUCUUCGCCUAUAUCGCAGUUUUACUGCAUACCCCCGGCAGACGCGAUGCGGACUGUAACGGCACUUUGAUUUUUUUAAACAUUUUUUACAUGGCCGUUUAAAUCAAUUAGGUUCUUUUUUAUUUAAAAGAAUCACCAUUAUCACCGUUCUAAAACGACCUUUUAUGGGAUUGUUAUUUCACCGCAACCCGGGACUGUGAGCGAAAAUGCGGAAUUGGAGGCGGCUCCUGCGGAUCUCAAACCGCUCCUUCCUGGCCUUCAUUUUCUUUUUCUCCUUGUCUACGUCCUGCCUGUAUUUCAUUUAUGUGGCGCCCGGAAUCGCCAACACCUACUUCUUCAUGGUCCAGGCCCAGGGUAUGAUGUUGAGGGACAAUGUCCGUACGAUCGGUCACAUGAUCAGGCUGUACACCAACAAGAACAGCAGCAUCAAUGGCACCGAUUACCCCGAUGGCAAUAAUUCGAGUGAAUACAUCGCCCAGCCGACUACUUAUCUUCCUGAGAAUUUCACCUAUGCCCUAAACCUCCCUUGCCCUGAAAAAUUACCUUCUAUGAAGGGUCAAACUGACAUCAACAUGACUGAAAUGCCCAUGGAAGACAUUUACCUCCGGUUCUCGAAAUACACAGACGUUCGGAACGCCGGCCACUGGAAGCCAGGAGACUGCAAGCCUCGCUGGAAGGUUGCCAUCUUGAUCCCCUUCCGGAACCGGCAUGAGCACCUGCCCAUACUCCUACGGCACCUCAUCCCCAUGCUCCAGCGCCAGCACCUGCAGUUUGGUUUCUACAUCAUCGAGCAGACUGGUACUCAGCCCUUCAACCGUGCCAUGCUGUUCAACGUGGGUUUCAAGGAAGCCAUGAAGGAUCUAGACUGGGACUGCUUCAUCUUCCACGACGUGGAUCACAUCCCGGAGAAUGACCGUAACUACUACGGCUGCGGGCAGAUGCCCCGGCACUUUGCAGCCAAGCUGGACAAAUACAUGUACAUCCUUCCAUACGCGGAAUUCUUCGGAGGUGUGAGUGGGUUGACUGUGGACCAGUUCCGGAAGAUCAAUGGGUUUCCCAAUGCGUUCUGGGGCUGGGGCGGCGAGGACGACGACCUCUGGAACAGGGUGCACUAUGCGGGCUUCAACGUCACCAGGCCAGAAGGGGACUUAGGAAAGUACAAAUCCAUCCCUCACCACCAUCGGGGAGAAGUUCAGUUCCUGGGGAGGUACAAGCUUCUGAGAUAUUCCAAAGAGAGACAGUACCUAGACGGUUUGAACAACUUGAACUACACACCCAAGAUCACUCUGAGCAGACUAUACAAAAACAUAUCAGUUAACCUUUCCCCAGAACUGGCUCCUGUCGCCGACUAUUGAACUGGCUUGUUUGUCUCUUGAAUGGAUUCCAGGACCUGACACAAGCAAAAUCCGGUUUCUGAAUCCUUUCAGCUGUAUGAAGGAAAAAAAAUAAAAUAAAAAAAAAAUGGAGUCCGGUUUGACGUGGCUGGGUCGCCCUACGUGAAGAGCCGAGACCCACACCGCCGGAAUGAUCGCGUCGCCAUUUGCAUGUUAGGGGGGCCGUGUCGGCUUCCACUAGUAAAUUACCAUCUUAUUUUGGAACAGCAGAGUGCCAGUGUUAGCCAACACAACGUUUACUGCAUAGCCUUAAAUCCACAGGAGUUCUGUAUCACCAGUCUUUUGUUUGAGUAGUAAGGUGCUGUGGAAGGAGAGUGGUUGGCCAAGGGUUCCACUUUGUGCCAGGAGAGAUGGGGUCGACGCCCUGCAUAACUCACACAGGCUUCUUCAAUCAAUUCUUGCUGAUUUUUUUUUUUUUUUUUAAUUCCGGCGGUGAGGAGUUCAGGUUCAGAAAGUACAAAUCCAGGCCAAGGUUUUGUUUCAACCUGCCAUUUGAGUCUGAAGAGUCACAGAGCACUCCAGCUGGUUGGUUGAAAGAAAACCUUGGUCUGGAUUUGCACUUUCUGGGCCUGAAAUUUCCACCACUGUUAAAUUCACCUCAUUUUUGGGGGGCUGGGGGGGAGGUAUGGCAAAUCAAAGUAGGAACCAGUUAAAAAAAAAAAAAAAAAGAUGAUUCAAGGUAAGUGUGCAGUUCAUUGUACAAAUAUUUGCUCUGUUCCUGGGAAGUGUUCCUCCUCCCCCCAUUUGGAAUGUCAGAUCCGCUGCUAGCGUGGUGCUGUCAGGCUGGGGGAGCAGGAGACCCUGGAGCUUAUGCAGGGCUUUGGAAACCCGUUUCCGUACAGCAGCAGUGUCAAAUGAAACCCAGCCGCUCAUUUUAACGACGACCUUAGGAGACAAUGGGCCUUGUUCUGGCUGGUCGUCGUGUCCAUUUUCGUUCACUCCUGACCGGGUUUAAUUUCCUGAAGAUGGUGAUUUGUAUAUGUGAUGUAAAUUUUGGAUAUGUUUUAUUUUUUUGUAUUUAUUUAUUUCGUAGAAGCACUCCAGGUCAUGUGAAACGUGGUCUCAUUCCUCUGGCUGUAUAUUGUACUGUCGAGACGGUUUGCAUGAAGAAAACCAAUGUAAAUACAGGCCUUUUAAAAUCUAAAGCGUAUUAGGGUUAUUAGACAAUUUAGUGCAACUUUGUUCAUUUUCCUUUGGCAGCUAUGACAUUUCUCCAGAUCGCUAGGCAAUUUAGCUGAAUGGAGCGAGAACCCGUCUGCUGAGAUUAGCCACGCUUUUUGCGCACUGAUCCCCUGGUUUCCGCACCAGAUUUUCACUUGCACCCCCCCCCCCCUCCCCCCAAAGAAAAAGUCUGCGUUGAUCGAGUUCUGCAUGCCUUUAUGAUUUUUUUACAUUUUUUUUUUUGCCUGUGUUUUUGGAAGUGCACUGUGUACCGGUCAGCCACGCCUCUGAGGAGUGGGGGACGCUGGGACAGAAGGGGGUCGCUGAGCUACGCUGGCGCCGCCCACCAGAAUGUCCCCCAUGAACGGGCGUGCCUGAUCGUACGUCCCUCUCUCUGGGGGUGUAUUUAUUUUGAGCUCCGGACUGUAAAAUAAGCCGUAAUGUGAGGAUGGCUGUUGCGCCCUCCUUGAACGGCGUGUAGAAUAAACGUGGGCUAUGACGACUCCAACUAAACGGUUUUGAGCGCUACAUUGUUUAUUUUGUUUGUCUUUUUAAACGAAUGGCUUUUGUCUUCUGUUUGAUGUAUUUCCUGUGGGUUGUUUCUCUCAAAAAGCCCUAAAUAUCGUUGCCUUUGCUGUCUGUUUAGCGUGUGGGAUCUCUGGCCGAGAUUCAGGAGGUGUUUCACCCGACCGCCUGAACCUUCCAUCCGGUUUGGAUUGAGACUUGCCGUUUGCCAGGUUCUCUAAAUGAGGGUGUUAAAUUCACCCAGUCUCAGCAAACGUCCUGUAAGAUCUUGGAGGUCACCCACGCCAGUUGCAGCUCCGAACGUGCACUGUUGUAAAUUAGUUCGAUUACAAUGCCAUAACCCUCUAGCUUGGUUUUAUUGCUGAUGCAAACGCAUGGGUUACUUUUAACUUUACCGUGAAUUUUCAGGGUUUUGGGUGGGGGGCCUCAAAUACUAUCAACCAAAUGUAGCUCUCUGGAGUGUUUUGAGAUUUUAAACAAUCUUUCUAAGAUGCAUUUCAUAAGUAAGUGGCGUUUAUAGGCCUGCGUGAUGAUGCAUUUAUAAAGCCAAUUGUUUAAUGACCACUGUAAUUGUGUCCGGUAUGGAAGUGGGAUCCUCAUGCAGCUGUAACAGCCAUUAAAACCUGACCUCAGUCACAGCAGGUCAGGUCCCAGUACUGUGGACAAUAUACAGCGGUUAUACCUUUUGAAGGGGACGGCAGCUUCCAUACCUGAUACGCAAGUCCAGAACACAAUCACCCGUAUUUCAUUUACUGCUAUUAUUAGUUUUUCAAAUCGAUUUCCAGCACCUGUUUUUUCAGACUCAAGAUUGUAUAAAUGUAGAAAUGGGUCAGCCAUUUUGGGGGGGGGGGGGGUUUGUUACGAUAAAUUUGUGCUCUGCCCCUCCCCCAGCCAGUGAGUAGUCAAGGUGAGAUUGCAAACUGCAGCGAUGUUGUGGUUUAUUGGUUAAACCUCAGAGCUUGGAUCAGGUAACUUCCUGGGGAUUUCAUUGUGGUACUGUUUAAAGGGAAGUACUACUACUGGGAAGAUCUGGAAUGUAAUUAUGGCUGGGCUAUUCUUUCUAAAGUGGCUUAUUAUGCGAGAUGAAGAUAUCAUGAGAGGUUUCUGCUGAAGUCGGUGCAUUAGCGUAAUGAAACUUAUCUAGCAUAAAGGCAGAGAGUUCACAGUUGAUGGGUGGAUUUCACUGGAAGUUCAUCGACGUUUAAGUCUGGCUUCGCGGCAGAUUUUGAAUCUAUGGUGGAAUAUUCUGUAGGAGGGAAGAUACUCUGAGCUGAUGAGCCUCCUGUCUUCCUGAUGGAGUACCACCCAGCCCGAUCUUUCAUGUAGGAAAUGGCGGUCCCCAACCAGGAAACGCUCCCAGUGGAUUUGACGCCAGAAGUUGUCCUUGUAAUCAACUGCAGCAGCUCCUCGCGUCUGAAAGCGCUGAUGUUAAAAGCCUCACCUAUUCGGUUUUUCCUCUUCUGCCACCCAAAAGUUCCUUUUGAUGGUGUGUGAUGGGGCCGCGUAGCGUCAAGCGUGUGCUGAGGCAUUCCACCUCGGAUACACGCGUUCCCUGCUGUCAGCGUGCUGGAAGGUUGUCUAUACUCCGCGUGCAUCACCAAUAGGGUUAUUUGUAAUGUUGAGUAUUACAUAUUGCAGUAUUCAUAUUAAUGUGCCUUGGGUUUUUAAAUUUCAGUUGAAAUAUUUUAGAAAUAUUUGAUUUUAGGUUUUUAGCAGUGAACAUUGACUUGAGUUUAUAGGAAAUUUGAGUGCAUAUGCGUUUUUUUUUUCUUCCUUCCUCUUGUUUUUAUUUUUUAUUUGUUUUACCUAGAUGUGAAUAUAUGAAAAUUUAAGAUUAUUAUUAUUAUUUUUUUUAAAGAACAUUUCACAAAAUAUUUUGACGUUGCUUUACAGUGUUUGUAUAAUCAAUUGCUUUGGAAUUACGUUCACACUGUUCUGUCUGAUACAGUGGACUUUGUAACCCUGUUUUUUCAGUAAAGUAAACGAUUAUGUUGCCAUGUUCAUGUAACACCGCUUUAGCAUAUUUUUUUAUUCAAAUAAAGAAGUGAAUUUCAGUGUCA